AUGGUCGCGCCGCGGCUCGGCUCGGCCGAGAGGCGCAUUUAUCCGCGCCCCGGUGGGCGGCGGCCCUUUGGAGCGUGGGCGGAGGCGCCGGGGCGGAGCGGCGCAGCUCAGUCUCUGCCACCAGCUCAGUCCCUGCCACCAGCUCAGUCUCUGCCACCAGCUCAGUCUCUGCCACCAGCUCAGUCUCUGCCACCAGCUCAGUCUCUGCCACCAGCUCAGUCCCUCCCACCAGCUCAGUCUCUGCCACCAGCUCAGUCUCUGCCACCAGCUCAGUCCCUGCCACCAGCUCAGUCCCUGCCACCAGCUCAGUCCCUGCCACCAGCUCAGUCCCUCCCACCAGCUCAGUCCCUGCCACCAGCUCAGUCCCUGCCACCAGCUCAGUCCCUGCCACCAGCUCAGUCCCUGCCACCAGCUCAGUCUCUGCCACCAGCUCAGUCUCUGCCACCAGCUCAGUCCCUGACACCAGCUCAGUCCCUGACACCAGCUCAGUCCCUGCCACCAGCUCAGUCUCUGCCACCAGCUCAGUCUCUGCCACCAGCUCAGUCCCUGCCACCAGCUCAGUCCCUGCCACCAGCUCAGUCCCUGCCACCAGCUCAGUCCCUGCCACCAGCUCAGUCCCUGCCACCAGCUCAGUCCCUGCCACCAGCUCAGUCCCUGCCACCAGCUCAGUCCCUGCCACCAGCUCACUCAGUCUCUGCCACCAGCUCAGUCUCUGCCACCAGCUCAGUCUCUGCCACCAGCUCAGUCUCUGCCACCAGCUCAGUCUCUGCCACCAGCUCAGUCCCUCCCACCAGCUCAGUCCCUGCCACCAGCUCUCAGUCUCUGCCACCAGCUCAGUCCCUCCCACCAGCUCAGUCCCUGCCACCAGCUCAGUCCCUGCCACCAGCUCAGUCCCUGCCACCAGCUCAGUCUCUGCCACCAGCUCAGUCUCUGCCACCAGCUCAGUCACUGCCACCAGCUCAGUCCCUGCCACCAGCUCAGUCCCUGCCACCAGCUGAGUCUCUGCCACCAGCUCAGUCCCUGCCACCAGCUCAGUCUCUGCCACCAGCUCAGUCCCUGCCACCAGCUCAGUCUCUGCCACCAGCUCAGUCCCUGCCACCAGCUCAGUCCCUGCCACCAGCUCAGUCUCUGCCACCAGCUCAGUCCCUGCCACCAGCUCAGUCUCUGCCACCAGCUCAGUCUCUGCCACCAGCUCAGUCCCUGCCACCAGCUCAGUCUCUGCCACCAGCUCAGUCCCUGCCACCAGCUCAGUCUCUGCCACCAGCUCAGUCUCUGCCACCAGCUCACUCAGCCACCAGCUCAGUCUCUGCCACCAGCUCAGUCCCUCCCACCACCUCAGUCCCUGCCACCAGCUCAGUCCCUGCCACCAGCUCAGCCACCAGCUCAGUCUCUGCCACCAGCUCAGUCUCUGCCACCAGCUCAGUCUCUGCCACCAGCUCAGCCACCAGCUCAGUCUCUGCCACCAGCUCAGUCCCUGACACCAGCUCAGUCCCUGCCACCAGCUAA